AUGCGGCUGGGCCGCAGGGCCCUCUGUGUGCUUGUUCUGCUGCUCGUGGGCGCCUCGCUGGGGCUCCUGUACGCUCGGACCCGGAAUACCUCGGACCGCCCGAUACUCCUCCCGCUGUGGGCGCCCCUGCAGGGUCCCCCCAGGCCAGAGCUGCUGGGCCUGGCCCCUGAGCCCCGCUAUGCCCACAUCCCCGUCAGGAUCAAGGAGCAAGUGGUGGGGCUGCUGUCUGCAAACAAUUGCAGUUGUGAGUCCAGCGCUGGGAUCCUUCACCUCCCCUUCCAGACGCAGGUCCAUGCCACAGACUUCACCGAGGCCUUUGACCCCGAGGAGCUGAAGACUGCCUCGGCCUCAAGGGAGCAGGAGUUCCAGGCCUUCCUUUCAAGAAGCCAGUCUGCUGCUGACCAACUGCUCAUUGCCCCUGCCAACUGCCCCCUACAAUAUCCCGUGCAGGGCGUGGAGGUACAGCCCCUCAGGAGCAUCUUGGUGCCAGGGCUGAGCCUGCAGGCUGCGUCUGGUCAGGAGGUAUAUCAGGUGAACCUGACCGCCUCCUUGGGCACAUGGGACGUGGCAGGGGAAGUGACUGGAGUGACUCUCACGGGGGAGGGGCAGCCAAAUCUCACCCUCAUCAGCUCAGGACUGGACCAACUCAAUCGGCAGCUGCAACUGGUCACUUACAGCAGCCGAAGCUACCAGGCAAACACAGCAGACACAGUCCGGUUCUCCACCGAGGGACAUGAGGCAGCCUUCACCAUUCACAUAAGACAUCUCCCCAACCCCCGGCUGUACCCGCCUGGGUCUCCACCACAGGGAGCCCAGUACAACAUUAGCGCUCUGGUCACCAUUGCCACCAAGACCUUCCUCCGCUAUGAUCGGCUGCGGGCACUCAUCGCCAGCAUCCGCCGCUUCUACCCGACCGUCACAGUGAUCAUCGCCGACGACAGCGACAAGCCAGAGAUCAUCAGCGGUCCCCACAUCGAGCACUAUCUCAUGCCUUUUGGCAAGGGCUGGUUCGCAGGCCGGAACCUGGCCGUGUCCCAAGUGACCACCAAGUACGUGCUGUGGGUGGACGACGACUUUAUCUUCACGGCGCGGACGCAGCUGGAGAGGCUGGUGGAUGUGCUGGAGCGAACGCCGUUGGACCUGGUGGGGGGCGCUGUGCGCGAGAUCUCGGGCUUUGCCACCACCUACCGGCAGCGGCUGAGCGUGGAGCCGGGCGCGCCGGGCCGCGGGAACUGCUUCCGGCAAAAGCAGGGCUUUCACCACGAGCUCAGCGGCUUCCCGGGCUGCGUGGUCACGGACGGCGUGGUCAACUUCUUCCUGGCGCGCACCGACAAAGUGCGGGAGGUCGGCUUCGACCCGCGCCUCAACAGGGUGGCGCACCUGGAAUUCUUCCUGGAUGGACUUGGCUCCCUUCGGGUGGGAUCCUGCUCAGACGUCGUAGUGGAUCACGCGUCCAAAGUGAAGCUGCCUUGGACAUCCAGGGAUCCUGGGGCAGAGACCUAUGCCCGGUACCGUUACCCAGGAUCACUGGACGCAAGUCACGUGGCCAGACAACGCCUGCUCUUCUUCAAACACCGACUGCAGUGCAUGACUUCGGAGUGA